AUGGUCAUGAGCCGAGAGCAAGCCGGUUUAGAAGCGGAUAUAGAAGCGGAUACUCCACACUCGAUCACUUGCACCUCCAUCACCUACAAGAACAUCAUUAAUGCUGAUGAGGCAAAGUGGUGGAGGUUUAAUGCAACCAUACGCCACGAGCAGUUCUUCACUGAUGAGUUCCCCAAAGGGAUUUGGUUCACUAGUGCUAUCAGUUCGAAGUAUCGCAUAAUGCUUUACGGCUACGACCGCAGGAAUCUUGUAAAUGUAUUCGUGUUCACAGAUCUUGGCGGCGAUUCUGAAGAAGCGAACAUAAUUCCCGUCGAAUCUGCUCUUCAUAAUACAUUUGAUGGUGUUCGGUUUGAUGAAUUGAACGGAAAAGCCUUUUUCAAUUCUUCUGAUGGCUUUUUAACCAUUACGAUGGAUAAUAAGUGUGGCAGAGAAAUCGGUAACUUCAUUCUGUACGAGCAGGUUGCGUUCGGUUGCAAGUGCAAAAUUCUGCACCGUCCAGGCUCAAAGGGUUGCGCGAGCACUACGGGCAGCGAUGUGGGUCGCUCUGCAAUGGAUGCCGCGAUCUGGUUUGAGAACCAUAAACUCUUCGCACUCGUGUCAACUGUCGAUUGUACUACAGAGAAGAAAAAUGGUCUCUUCAAGCUCCGCAUAAUAGAGCGUUCGUUACGCGGCGAUCCGGCGGAUUACCGCAAGAAAAGAACAACUGUUGUAAAUCAGGGCGUACUGCGCCUUCUCGGAAUCACUGAUGACUGUAUAGUUUACUUUCACUGGCUCAGUCUUCUGCUACCUAUGGCAUUCGAAAGAUUUCAAGCAAUUGCUGUACACAGACUCGUGGAAGGGACACCCUGUGAAGACGUUUUGCCGUUUAUGACACAGACG